UCAUCCCAUCUGGUGGUUUUAUCACUUGUACAUCCUCUAAAAUAUAAACAGUCUGGACAGAUAAAUAUUAUCCCUCAUGCUGGCAGGUGGUGAGAUGAUGCUGUAAAAAUGCUGCAUGAUCAAGAACAUGGGAGUGUUAAUGCAGAUCAACUUAAAGAAGUAGCCAAGCUCCAUUUACUUGCACCUGGGAAUCAGAUGUUUUCGGGGUCCGUGUCUCUUUCCGAAGGUGUUCAGUGAACUGUUGCUUUAAGAGGUGCAAAGAUGACAGAUGAAUGACUUUCAACCCGCCACCCAUGUCUAAUUUUCUGCUGGUCAAAGAGCGGCUGAUCAUAGGUGAUAGUUCAUUGAGAUCAGCUCCACUUUAAACAGUAGCCUACAGUUGUUGCUCCCAACCAGUUGAAUCCGUUGAGGUCCGUGAUGUCAGUCUCUUGGGUCAGCUCCAUCACUCAGAUUUGGGUGUUAUUUUUGUUCGUUGGGCCGUGUCGGUCGGGCUGUCGGGAUGCGGGUUUUUGCUGCCCAGGCCGGGACUUGUCAUGUAUCAGUAAAGGAUGGCGAUCUGACCGAUCAUAUGGGAUCUGCUAUUGCGACCAAGCCUGCGUGUCCACCACGGACUGCUGCCACGACUAUGAGACCGCGUGUCCAGCCGUGCCCUGUGUGGUGGGUGAGUGGACGCAGUGGUCAAGGUGUGCCGAGCCCUGCAAGACCACAGUCCGGAAGAGGAGCAGGACAGUCCUGCAGGAACCACGUAAUGCAGGGAGGCCUUGUCCUCAUCUGGAGGAGCAUGCUGGCUGUGUGAAGUACUGGUCUCAGCAAGGACACUGUCAAAACUCACUUGUCCCAGCACUCAUUACCACUGGUGGCUAUGGCAACGCUCGGAGAAAAAGAGACAUCCCUGACAGCAGCGAUGUAAUGGGGUACUGCAUCCAGUUUCAAUUGACUUCUCUGACAAAAGGAUGCCAGCAAAGCGGGGACCCUCACACCCUUUGGAUGCAGCACCUGAGGGAGGGGCACCAUGUGUGUGUUGAGUGCCAGCCACCUGCUCUCACUGCUGGACAAAGACACUGUGCAGGAGAUGGAGAAGGAAACUAUAUGAGAAGAUCUCUCCAAUGGCAGGCAGUGGGAAACCCUCGAUGUAGGGGCGUCUGGAGACGUGUGAGGAGGCUGGAAGCUUGCUCCUGCCCAACAUCUCUCAGCUUUCUUUUCAUUUAACCUCCUAUUUCUGUUAGCCUUCACUCUGGACAUAUUUACUGAGAUAUAUUUAGGGAUUUAUAUUCAUGUAUAAUUACAAACUAACCAGAAUAUUAAAAUACACCAGAUGCUAAAUAUGUUCAGUCAGAGUACAUCACAUUAAAUUAAUUGUAAAAUGAAAACCAACAAUUUCUAAAUCCAAAAAAGUAAAGUGAUUUGAUUUAUUUCAUUUUUUGUCAUUCAAGGGAAAUGUUGCUUUUUCUUAAGAAAUAGAAAUAUCUCGGGACAUUGAGACACUUUUUCUUUCACAUGACAGGUACUGGCUCUGAGUAAAUCACAACCAGCCACAACGCCAAAGUUACAACAUGCACAGAACAGUAGAACAUUAAUACAGAAACAACAGCAUAGAAAGUCAAUGGGUAAAAAUGUUUUCCAGAUUUUUCUUUUACAAAACAGACAGCCUCGAGACCUACAAACAACACUGUAUAAGAGCUGGCUAAGGUCAUUCAAAUAUCUUUUUUCAAUUCCCUGGAAACAGUGUGUACUUACAAAGACUGAUGGCUUUAGCAAGGUUGGGGUCAAUUCCACUGAGAGCUUAAACCAUAGAAAAAAAUAUUUUGUGUUUUAAAGUUGUAGUACUUGUAGACUUUAAUUCAGCUCAUGCUCAAAUACUGCUUAUGUUUAUAGGGUUAUGUGUGGUCCAUCAAGACCUCCUAAAUUGACCCCAACCCUGUAAUACAGUGUUAGAUUCAGUGUGUGGAAUUGAGCGACUUGUAAAAAGCAGCGAUUCCCACCGGUAUUUGAAAACUACUACAUGCUUUUAUAAAGGUCUUGUUGGGUUUUAACAAAAAAUAAAAAAGUCUUCAACCUCUUUAGGAUCAAAUUUAGAUGCUAAUGCAACAACCAAAUUCUACUGUAGAUUUCAGCUAAAGAUAUUUACUGUACAACUGGGAGUCCUAUUGAACAGCUGGGAGUAUGGUUAUGGAAAUCUGUGCUCUUAAGUUUAUUUUGUACCAUUAAAUGUGAAAUAAAACAGAGUGGUGGUCUUCUAGUCCUAUGAUUCACAUCAGAGUUUAUCCAUGGGGACCUCAGUAAAUUAAAGGGCCUGCAACAUUGUUAAGAUUUCAUUACUGUCAAUGGCUCCCAUGAGAUGAAACAAAGUACAAUGUCCUUAAAAACAACUAUUUGUAGUGUUGUGGUGGUAUUGUGUCACAGUAUCACAGUAUAGAUAUCAAAUCAAACAUCUUGAUAUUUCUCCAUAAUAACUUUUCUAAAAUCUCAAAAAUUUCAAGACUGAAGUCAAGAUUUUUGUUGUCGAUGAGUGUACGUGUAUGCAAAUCUCUUAUAUAUAUAUUUCCAUGAUAAAUUUAAUUUCUCUACAGUAGUGCCUGCUGUCAAUUCAUAAAAUAGUGAUUGUCAUCUUCGUGGAGAGAAUUUCAGUGAAAAUGGUCCCUGACAAUAUUGUAUAGAAAACCAAAAUCAUUGGACAACAGACCACACAAUAGAUUUUGUGAGCUGAAUGGUCUCAGUCCUAGCAUUUUCUUGCAGUAAAAUUACUCUGAAGGAUACAUCUGAUCGACACGUAUUUCGCUCUCAACUUGUGUAAACUUUGUGGAAUUUCCAAGAGCAUCAAAGUAUAAUUGUGUAAAAUAUGUUGAAGGAGAUGGCAUUUUUGGGCUUUGACUCUUAUAAGACAAAGACAAAUGCAAUGAAAUGUUUAUCUGGAGCACACACAAUAUCAGUCUUAUUGAUACUGAUGUUCCUUGCGGAAAAUAGCCUGGUGCAUCUUAAAUGUAAUAGUGUGAUAUGAAUAAAUACACACAUUUAUUGAGUAAAGCAUACUGCAACCAAAGGAAUAUCACCAGAGGCCAUCUGGAAAAUGUGCAAUACCCUUCACCACAUAUUGUGUAACAGGACGUUUUCUCAUUAAAUUGUCAAGUUAUUUCAGUUUUGGCCACUUCGUUGUGGGUGAAGUCUAUGAUGCUGUUUUAUAAUCCCACAGUGCAGGGAUUAUAUUUAUUUAUUAUUUUUUGUGAGCAUAUAUGAUAUUAACAGUACUUUUGAUGUACAUUCCCAUAUGUUUUAAGAACAUUUUUUUUAAAGUUCUAGCUCCAAACACAAACUAAUUGUGUUAUAUAUACAUUUAAUUUAGGGUCUGAGAUGAAGUGGUGAACAACUAUUAUA